ACAGCAAAUACAUUCGGUCGAUGUUUUGGGCAAUCGUCACAUUGACAACAAUUGGCGGCACAAAUUCUCCAAUUACUAAACUUGAAUACGUUUUUACCGGUGCCACAUAUCUGAUUGGUGUUUUUCUCUUCGCUGCUGUGGUUGGCAACGUGGGUGACGUCAUUAGCAACAUGAACGCAGCAAGGCAAGAAUUCCAAACCAAAAUGGAUUCUCUGAAAUUUUACAUGAAUCAUCGGAAGGUCCCAGAGGAUCUUCAAAGUCGUGUAAAGAAAUGGUCUGAAUAUGCGUGGACAAGAACACAAGCACUUGACGAUCAGUGUUUUUUGGAGAUUUUGCCACCGAGAUUGAGAGCUGAAAUAGCUAAGCAUGUCCACCUAGAAACGUUACAGAAGGUCAAAAUAUUCGAAGACUGUGAACAAGGGUUACUUUGUGAACUUGUACUCAAACUACGGUCUCAGAUCUAUCCACCAGGCGACUUCAUUUGCAGGAAAGGAGAAAUUGGGCGGGAGAUGUAUAUCAUAAAUCACGGACGUGUUUCGGUAAUGAUUCAAGACAAAGACACAGGGCAAAAUGUAGUAGUGGCAACCUUACGAGAGGGAAACUACUUUGGUGAAAUAAGUUUGCUGAAAUUGGACGAAGGGCAGAACAGAAGAACAGCUGAUGUGGUGUCAGUUGGCUAUUCGGAACUGCUGUGUCUAUCCAAGAAAGAUCUCAUGAUGGCUUUGGUAGAAUAUCCUGACGCAAAAAAAAUUUUGGAGAAACAUGGCCGAGACAGGAUGGAGAAAAACAGAGAAGCAACGUAAUAACUACAAUAAAUAAAAAUAAAUUAAUAUCAAACAAUAUAAAGUUUAUAAACACUUUAUCGAAAUGAGAUGCCGUCUAUGAAAUAAUUGCCGAAUUCUCUGUGUCAUCCAUACGAUGUGUUUCCUUGUGGUAAUGGCAAUUGUACAGUCCUUGCUAAAACCCCUGAUUUGUUUUGGGUUUAUGGAGCACACUGGGGUGCAACUUAAA